AUGCCCCUUUGGUCGGAUACGGAAGAACAGCCAAGUAGUUCUGACGAUAUUCUCUCGAAAUUGUUUCAUCCAGAUGAUAGAAGGUAUGAAACAUUAUUAGCAGAACCAACGUCAAAUGUUUUGAGUUAUGAUCAACAACUUGUAGAAGAACAACAACGUCCAAGAGAACUACAAAAACGUGGAAGACAAUGUUUAUGGAAAGUAUGCAGUUGGGCAUUGGAUAAACGAGCACUGAAAGUAUUAUAUUAA